AGGCGAGUCCGGUCUCAAAAUGGAGGUAAAACCGCCGCCCGGUCGCCCCCAGCCCGACUCCGGCCGUCGCCGCCGCCGCCGGGGGGAGGAGGGCCAUGAUCCAAAGGAACCAGAACAGUUGAGAAAACUAUUUAUCGGUGGUCUGAGCUUUGAAACUACAGAUGAUAGCUUAAGAGAACAUUUUGAGAAAUGAGGCACACUUACAGAUUGUGUGGUGAUGAGAGACCCACAAACAAAACGUUCCAGGGGCUUUGGUUUUGUGACUUACUCUUGUGUUGAAGAGGUGGAUGCGGCAAUGUGUGCUCGACCACACAAGGUUGAUGGGCGUGUAGUGGAACCAAAGAGAGCUGUUUCUAGAGAGGAUUCUGUAAAGCCGGGUGCCCAUCUAACAGUGAAGAAAAUUUUUGUUGGUGGUAUUAAAGAAGAUACAGAAGAAUAUAAUUUGAGAGACUACUUUGAAAAGUAUGGCAAGAUUGAAACCAUAGAAGUUAUGGAAGACAGGCAGAGUGGAAAAAAGAGAGGAUUUGCUUUUGUAACUUUUGAUGAUCAUGAUACAGUUGAUAAAAUUGUUGUUCAGAAAUACCACACUAUUAAUGGGCAUAACUGUGAAGUGAAAAAGGCUCUUUCUAAACAAGAAAUGCAAUCUGCUGGAUCACAGAGAGGUCGUGGAGGUGGAUCUGGCAACUUUAUGGGUCGUGGAGGAAACUUUGGAGGUGGUGGAGGUAACUUCGGCCGUGGUGGAAACUUUGGUGGAAGAGGAGACUAUGGUGGUGGAGGUGGUGGCAGCAGAGGUAGUUAUGGAGGAGGUGAUGGUGGAUAUAAUGGAUUUGGAGGUGACGGUAACUAUGGUGGUGGUGGGAGUUAUAAUGAUUUUGGAAAUUAUAGUGGACAACAGCAAUCAAACUAUGGACCCAUGAAGGGGGGCAGUUUUGGUGGAAGAAGCUCGGGAAGUCCUUAUGGUGGUGGUUAUGGAUCUGGUGGUGGAAGUGGUGGAUAUGGUAGCAGAAGGUUCUAAAAACUCAGAAGAAAAGGGCUACAGUUCUUAGCAGGAGAGAGAGCGAGGAGUUGUCAGGAAAGCUGCAGGUUACUUUGAGACAGUCGUCCCAAAUGCAUUAGAGGAACUGUAAAAAUCUGCCACAGAAGGAACGAUGAUCCAUAGUCAGAAAAGUUACUGCAGCUUAAACAGGAAACCCUUCUUGUUCAGGACUGUCAUAGCCACAGUUUGCAAAAAGUGCAGCUAUUGAUUAAUGCAAUGUAGUGUCAAUUAGAUGUACAUUCCUGAGGUCUUUUAUCUGUUGUAGCUUUGUCUUUUUCUUUUUCUUUUCAUUACAUCAGGUAUAUUGCCCUGUAAAUUGUGGUAGUGGUACCAGGAAUAAAAAAUUAAGGAAUUUUUAACUUUAAAAAAAAAAAA